CCGCUCUCUCCGCCUCCGGAAGCUCGAGCCGCCGCCGGGGCCGCGUGGAGGGGCUGCAGGAGCGCGUGCGCGUGCGCGAGGCCGGAACGCUGCGGGCGGCGCUGGGAGCUUGCGGUGGUCGCGGUGCCCAGAUAUAUGUUUGCCGUCAUGGAUCGGUUUGGAGAUAUAUCAGAAGGUGAAGUGGACCAUUCUUUCUUUGACAGUGACUUUGAAGAAGCAAAGAAAUGUGAAAGCAACUCAGUUUUUGACAAGCAAAAUUAUGACGAUGAAGAGAGAAUAGAUAAAGAUACGGAAAAUGUAAACUUGAAAUUUGGAAUACAAAGAAGGAAAAAUGAUCUUACUGAGAAGGGAAUUGAAAGAAAUGAGAAAAUUCCUCCAGAAGAACACCCCAUAGAAAAUGAUAAUGUACAAGCUAGGAAUUCUUUGUCCUUGACCACUUCUUCAAGAUCAAAAUUGUGUGAUGCUACAGUAGAACAUAAAAUACACUUGCCCAUCCCAAGUAGCAUUCCCAAAAUUCUAAAAGGUGAACGUGAUUACUCUACAGAUGGAGAGGAAAGCAGUGAUGAUGAGAAAAACCAUCAUGUCAGAUCAAAGUCAGCUAAACCAUCUAAUAACUUCAAGAAAAGCAUAAGUAAAAAGUAUACCAGAAGUAAUUCUUCUUCCUCCUCUUCUUCUCUGUCCUCCUCGUCUUCAAGUUCCGAUACAGACUGUUCAAAUACCGGGUCUGAUGUCUGUUUAUCUGAUUCAUCUCCAUCAUUAAAGAAGCGUCUGUCUGGUGUAACCCACUUGCCACCAAAACAGAAAUAUAAACUGGGAGAAAAAUCAACAGGAGCACAGACUUCAAGUACUAAACCAAAAGUCGGUGACUACACCGAGGAAUCUGAAGAUACUGUGACAGAUGUCACUCCUUUAUCGACUCCGGACAUCAGCCCUGUUCAGUCUUUUGAACUGGGUGCGUCAAACGAUCAAAAAAUGAAAGUUAAAAGGCAAGAGAACGUGAGUCAAGAAGUAUAUGAAAAUGUUGAGGAUUUUAAAAAUAAUUCAAAAUCUUUGAAAUCAGCCAAAACAGGGAAAGAAAAACAUGAGCCCAGUCUUGCCUCAAUGUCGACAGUGUUGGAUUCCCAUUUAGACCACAGAUACAAGCAAAAUGUCUUACAUGACACAAUGGACCUGAAUCAUCUUUUAAAAGCUUUUCUGCAAUUAGAUAAAAAGGGACCACAAAAACAUCACUUUGAUCAGCCUUCAGUAGCACCCAGGAAAAACUACUCUUUCACAAGAGAGGAGGUGAGACAGAUUGAUCGGGAAAAUCAGAGGCUUUUGAAGGAACUGUCGAGACAGGCUGAAAAACCAGGAAGCAAAAGUACGAUUCCAAGAAGAUCGACUGGUCCUCCCCCUAAGUUAUAUCAUAGUGCUCUCAACAGACAGAGGGAACAACAAAGGAUUGAAAGAGAAAAUUUGGCUUUAUUGAAAAGGCUUGAAGCUGUGAAACCAACAGUUGGUAUGAAACGCUCAGAACAGCUGAUGGAUUAUCACCGCAACAUGGGUCAUCUCAGCUCAUCCCCGACCUCCAGGCGAGUGAGGUCCACUCUUGGCCAGUACAGCCCGUUACGAGGAGCUUCCAGGACAUCCAGUGCUACCAGUGGUCUCAGUUGUAAGAGUGAGCGAUCAGCUUUUGACACAUCCAGUGGCCUGUUGCUAAGACCUAAGCCCCCUAAUGUCCGUACAGCUUGGUUAUAAAAACUCUUUUUACUUUAAACAUUGAUCAUCAAAUUCUUACUGAAGUGCUCUUGUAUAUUACUAUCAUUCUCUGUAUAAACAUCUAAAUACUGCUUUAAGCAAUUUAAGGUGUACAACAGUGACUUGUAAUUUAUUGUAAUUCGAUGCAAAAUUGUUUUGAAAAGACAAUUUAAUAUAAAAUCAGUGUUUCCUGUGAGGAGGAGUUUAUAUGAGACUUGUAUGUAUUUUACAGAGAAAUGGUAGUAUGCCGGUGUAUUUUCUCAACAUAGAAAUUGGUUCAGCUGUCAGACUGACAAAACAGUUGUGAUAGCAUCGCUGAACGUUGGACCCAAGAUGUUAGCUAUAUAGUUCUUGUUUGAUGUGUUGUUUUUUUCGUUUCUUGUAAGCUUUAUACCAUGAGCAUAGCUCCUGACUGACUUUGUUUUCUCUUUGCUUCAGAACUUGGGCAGUGUGACUUAUAACUUAAUUGUAAGACAGUUAUUAUGAAACAAAUCUUGAAAUUUGUUUUCAUUGGUGGAGCUGAUUUAGAUUUGAUGAGCAGAUUGAGUGAAGCUUGAACUGGGGCCGUCCUUGUGAUUCACCAGAGGUACCUACUACUUCUGUAGAAGGGAACUGAGUUAGAUCUCAAACACUUUAUCAACCAUUCUGAACCAUUUCAAACUGUGAGUAUUAGAAAGCUCAACUUAGAAGCUCCUCUUUCAUGUUUUUAUAUAUUCAGGGAAAGUAGUUAAUGAUUCUGAGAAAUUAGGUUUCUUUAGAGCUACUGCAUUGUAAAUAGUUUGUCCAAGGACCAGAUCAUCAUAAGCAAAAACAAGUAUCUGUUGAAUCAGCAAAAUAGCACCACCAGUUUGAAGGGCCAAGAAGCAGAUCCUGAGUUGUGUCAGGACAGUGUUUUAAGGGAUGCUGUUAAUGAGUUGUGUUAUACUUAGAGUUUAUUGUUUUAAGUGAGAAGAAAAGAAAGAAAUGCAUUGUCUCACAGCUUUAGAAAUUCCAGCUAGUGUUUUUAAGGGCUGAAAAAGAAAACUAAAAAUAUGAAUGAUAAAGGGGAAAAAAAUCA